CAGCCACUUAGCGUAAAUGAGGUCGCUUCCUGAACUGACAGCAGGCGCACUGAAAAGCGAAAGUCAAUGAGGGACACAAGUGCACAUGGUGAGUGUGACCGACGGGAGAGCAGCGCACAAACGUCGUCAGCAUGAGCCAGUGGAAGCAGAUUCAGCAGCUGGAGAUCAGACUCCUGGAACAUGUGGACUAUCUGUAUGAUGAUAACUUCCCCAUGGACAUACGGCAGGGUCUGGCCAGCUGGAUCGAGUCUCAGGACUGGGACACGGCAGCAGACGAUGAGUCAAUGGCGGCGGUGCUGUUCACCAACCUGCUGUCCCAGCUGGAGAGGGUGCGCUCACAGGAGCAGAACUUCCUGCAAAGGCACAACAUGAAAAUCAUACAACAGCAGCUACAGGUGAAAUAUACGACCAACCCUGCUGUUAUGGCUAGACUUAUCUCCACCUGCCUCAGGGAAGAGCGCCGUAUCCUCUCCAGUGCUUGCAUGCAGGAACAGGGUCCACUGGAGAAAUCACUGCAGAAUUCUGUGGCCUUUGAGAGGCAGAAGAACAUGGACAACAGAGUCGGGAUCAUCAGGGGCAGCGUGCAGUUGAUGGACCAGGCUGUGAAAUAUAUUGAGGACAUGCAGGACGACUUUGAUUUCCGUUACAAGACCCUACAGUCUCGUGAAUCGUCAGAUAGGAACUCUGACAUGAUGAAACAGGAAGUAACAAGACUACAGGAAAUGCUUAACAGGCUCGACUUUAAAAGGAAGGAGAUCCUGUCAAAGAUAGAUGUUGUGAUCAAGGAGAUUGAUGACCUGAUGACUUCUCAGCUCAAUCCCGAGCUGCAGGACUGGAAGCGCAGGCAGCAGAUCGCUGCCAUCGGUGGUCCACUGCUCACGGGCCUGGACCAGCUGCAGAGUUGGUUUACUCUGACAGCCCAGAGUCUCUUCCAGAUCAAGCGUCAGCUGGACAAACUGGGGGAGCUGGUUGUGAAGGUCACCUAUGAGUGUGACCCAAUCCCACUGCAAAAGCCUCAGAUGGAGGAGAGAGUUAAAUACCUCAUCUAUCACCUCAUCAAGAGCUCAUUUGUGGUGGAGAAGCAGCCGUGCAUGCCCACACAUCCACAGAAACCCCUCAUCAUCAAGACUGGAGUACAGUUCACCACCAAAGUCAGACUCCUGGUUAAACUCCCAGAGGUGGAUUAUCAGCUGAAAGUGAAAACAACAUUUGACAAGGACCUCCCCCCUGGCAGAGUAAGUCGUCAGUUUUUCAUCCUGACCAACAACACUAAAGUUAUGGAUAUCGAGGACUACUCCAACGGCUGCCUCUCCGUGGAGUUUAGACACCUGCAGUUGAAAGAGAAGAAAUAUAUCAAUGGCACAAAGGGGAAUGAGGGUCUGCUCUCUGUGACAGAAGAACUUCACUCUCUCAGCUUUGAGGCUUGCUUCACGGUGCAGGGCCUUACCAUUGAUCUGGAGACAUGUUCCCUGCCACUGGUGGUCAUUUCCAAUGUGAGCCAGCUGCCUGGAGGCUGGGCCUCUGUCAUGUGGUAUAACCUUCUGACGGAUGAGCCGAGGAACUUGGCGUUCUUUGGAAACCCACCUCGGGCCAGCUGGAGCCAACUCUCUGAGGUCCUUAGCUGGCAGUUCUCCACUUUUGCCGGUCGGGGCCUCAACAAGGAUCAGCUCACAAUGCUGGGAGAGAAGCUCCUCGGCCAGCAUGCCUCCUGCAGCGACUAUCAAGUGUCCUGGUCUAAGUUCUCAAAGGAGAAUAUUCCAGGAAAGCCCUUCAGUUUCUGGAUGUGGCUGGACUCCAUCCUGGAGCUCAUCAAGAAACACUUGCUGCCAGUUUGGAAUGAGAAUUAUAUCAUGGGUUUUGUGAGUAAAGAGAUGGAGCGCACUCUGCUGAAGGACAGAGAGCCCGGCACCUUCCUCCUACGCUUCAGUGAGAGUCACCUGGGAGGAAUCACUUUUACCUGGGUGGAACAUAACGACAGUGGAGAAGUGAAGUUAAACUCUGUGGAGCCAUACACUAAAAACCGGCUUAGUGCUCUCCCAUUUGCUGACAUCAUACGAGACUACAAAGUCAUCUCCGACGGGGUUGUCCCAGAGAACCCGCUCAAGUUCCUCUACCCCGACAUCCCCAAAGACGAGGCUUUUGGUCGGCUUUACAACAGUCAGCCUAGCAAAGUUCAUCCGUACAUACCAUCUACCCUGAUCCCCAUCUCAAAGUUGCUCUCUAAUGCAAGCACCACACCGCCUUCCUGCCAGUCUCCUGAGCCCCCGAUGACUCCCGGGGAGUUUGACAUGCUUAACGAGCACCUGUGCUUCGACAUCGACACCUGUGAAUAGAUCCCAUGAAAAGGCCAAAACCAGUAGCGGACUGAUCCUACUAACAAAUGAGUUCUCCAUAUUCAGAGUAAAGCGAGAUGAAAUGCGUAACAUGUUGCUUAAAGUUUUCCCAGUGACCUGGCACCAGUCUCCAAUCAGCAUCUACAUCUCCAUGAUCAUGAAACAGUCUCCAGUGUUUAAAGAGGUUUUUGUCAUGAAGGUGGAUUCAUUUCUUGUGCUGUUUGUUUUUUUGUUGUUUUUUACAUUUACAAUUGCUCUUUAAAGAAAUGUUGAUGUCUCUCUGUUUUUAUUGUAGAUUUGUGACAACUUGGUUUUGAGUUAAGUAUAUUUUAACUAUCCAGUGAGUUUCUAUAAAGCUUACAUUGUAUAUAAAAAAAUUUACAUGACGUUAUUUUAACUGCACGAGCUUGCUAUUUUAUUUCUGCAUCACUGGCACCACUGUCUCUUUUAUGUGAUUGUUACCGGACAGUAAAAGUUGAAACUGCAUGGUC